AUUCACUCUAUCUGGUCUCCCACAGUACACAGAACAUGGAAAUGUAGUUAUUUUAGUAAAUAUAAACUGCUAAAUACCUUUUCUUAUCUUCUAUCAGUGUUGAGCAAAGCACUGGUAAAAGCUUGUAGGAUGAGUUUUCUUUCUGCUCUAGGGGGAUGCAGAACCCCUGACCUCUGUCUGGCCAGUGCUGAUUGGCCCUGUGCUGAUCACAUGCACUCUCCUGAGAAAAAACAUCUCUCUAGCAAUACACACCAAACAGCAUGUGCAGAGUGUCACCACACAUGUCUUAUCAGGAGAUAAGAGAGGGGUACUGUAAGAAGGGAAGGAUCAGAGAAGUCAGGAUCAAACAGCAUUUUUAUACAAUGCAGAUUAUUAACCCCUUAGGUUCCGUAGUGAGUAUAUUAAAAAUGCUUUACUGCAUGUACAGACUGAUUUUACUGUUGUUGGUUUA